AGGGAGGGCGCUACUGAGACGCGGUAAACAACACAGUCCGUAUAAAAAGUUACUAAAAAUUAUAAUAAAAGUGAAUUUAGUGAUAACAAAAUCGUACAAAUGACUAUAAACUAGUGAUUAAGUCUAUAUAGUGAAGGCAAGACUCUAAGUUAACGAAUAAUACAGAAAAAUCCACAAAAAUCUGAAGUGUAAAGAAACAACAAUUUCGAAGCUCUUCAAGUCUACUCUCGCUAAUCCAAGAACUUAAACUGUACCAGUGCUAACUUAUGAAAGUGCCGAAGACCCGGAGUGCAAAUAAAUAGUGGAUGGUGAAAAUUAUCUCGUUUUUUGAGAAACAUAACCUCACACCUGAAUGAAUCUGCAACUUCCCUUGUCAUAGAAUAAAGAAUUGUAGUACAGCGCCAUCUAUUUGAAAAGGAACGCACUACCUUCGACUAGACUUGUUCGCUACAGAGCGUACAACAGAUCAAAUAAUACUACCCAGUCCUACUAGAGGGCGCCACGAGUAUCAAAACAAAAAUAGUCACCAUGGAGGAAAUUAUGAAAGCUUUAGAAAAUAUCCAAAAAGAACUGAACGCACAAAAAAUUGAAAUUCAGAAAAAUGGUGAAAGGGUGACAGAACAAAUAACACAUAACAUAACCAACAAACUAGAAGAAAAAUUUACAAUUCUGGAAGGAAAACACCAGAUCUUGAAUGAAAAAGUUGAACAACAAGAAAAAAGAAUUCAAUUUAUGGAAAAACAAGCAAGACAAAGAAAUAUAAUUUUCUUCGGUAUUGAAGAGGACGAGACGUCGUACCAUAGCUUGGAGAACAAUAUAUUGCACUUUAUAAAUGAAAAACUGUCCUUAAAACUGAAUUGCCGAGAUAUUCAGGAAACAAAGAGACUGGGAAAGAAAGGUGAUAAACCCCGGCCAAUAAAGGUGACUUUUUCUACCCUUGGUUUAAAGGUCAGUAUUCUCAAGCAAAAAAGAUUAUUGAAAGAUACCCAAUACUAUUUGAACGAAGACUACCCUAAAUACAUAUUGGAAAAAAGGAAAGAAUUACAAGAAGAAGCGAAUAAAGAGCGUGAGAAAGGAAAUAAAGUCACAAUAAAAUACGAUAAACUCAUUGUACUAAAAUCAAACAACAAAAGAUCACUGGCGAAUUCACCAGAGUCAGAUCCCAAGUCUCAAGGACUAGUUGGUAACAACACGAGAGCCACCAAGAAAAACAAAAUAAACCAAUCCAACCCAUCUUUACCUCGAUCAAACAGUGUCUCAGAAGGAAUUCUAAAACCAAGCAUACUAAGCUACCUAGCGAAAAAUAACGCCAAUAAACAAAUCAACGACAAAACAGCCAGUAGCUUACACUCAUAGCAAUUAACAAUCCCCUCCCUCAAAGAUACAACAUCUAAUAAAUUUCAACUAAACGACGAAAACCAUCUUCCAACCCGGCUGGUCACCGUGGAAGAUCAAGACCAAAACCCUCUAAAGAAAAAACCUCAACAUUCUUCAACGAAAGAAACUAAAUCCCUAGAAAUACUUAACUCAACUAAAAAGAAGAAAGACCAGCUCUACAUAUUAUCUUACAACGUCAGAACUAAAACAGCUGGUACCUGCUGGCCGCAAAUAGCUCAAGAUAGAGACUCAUGGAGUUCUUUAGAGGAGGCCUUCACCUUCACUUGAGGAGGGGUUCAUGCAAAACAAACCUAGUUAUACAUUUAAACUAUUUUCUAAAUUAAUUGGAAACAAGUGUAAUUAAUGUCUUUACUGUUAUUUCUUUCUUUCUUAAAACUACACAUGUAACCUGAAAAAAUUGCAUGAAAUAAAAGGUU